AUGGCUGACAAGGAAAAACUCAUAUCGAUCGAAUCAGUUGAAGCACCGAGAAAUGUCAACACAAAGACGAAGAAUGCUAAGUUACCAUGGUACUUUGCAAGCGGAUUUCUGCUGUUCUGGGGACUUCUCUUCUUCGCCGUAGUAAUACCAUAUUUUUAUCGGUUACCAACGGCAUUAACAAUGGAGGAUGCAAAUGAAAAUGUGUUUAUCGCGGAGAGAGCAUACAAAAAUCUCUAUACUCUCUCUAAUAUUGGAAUCAAAUUAAGCGGUACUGAAAAUGAAGUUCAGGCCGUAAACUUUAUUUUAAGUGAGCUGGAAAAAAUUAAGAAAGAUAUUCAGGACGACUUAUUUGAUUUGGACAUUGAUCUUUCACAUUCCUCUGGCUCCUUUGUCAUUAAAACCUGGCUCAGGAUAUAUCAAGGCGUUCAAAAUAUUGCCGUUAAAUUAUCUCCCAAGAACAGUACCAGCGAGACUUAUCUCCUUGUCAACAGUCACUUCGACUCUGCGGAGAAUGGUCCAGGAGCCGGAGAUGCUGGCUUCAUGAUUGUCACAAUGGUGGAAGUCUUGCGGGUUAUUGCAACAUCGAGACAACCCAUUGAGCAUCCAAUUGUCUUCCUGUUUAAUGGAGCUGAGGAGGGAGGACUUCAAGCUGCUCAUGGGUUUAUCACACAGCACAAAUGGGCACCUUUUUGCAAGGCCGUGGUCAACCUUGAUGCUGCUGGAAGUGGAGGUCGAGAUGUUUUAUUUCAAACUGGUCCCAAUCAUCCGUGGCUUGCUGCCUACUACAAAAAAUACAUCAAACAUCCUUUCGCAACAACCAUGGCAGAGGAAAUGUUCCAAGCGGGCUAUAUACCAUCGGAUACAGACUUUCGACAGUUUAAGACAUAUGCCAAAAUUCCAGGCUUGGACAUGGCCCAGUGUAUUAACGGAUUCGUAUAUCAUACCAAAUAUGACACCAUCGAUGUGAUUCCGCGUGAAUCCCUUCAGAACACCGGGAAUAAUAUUCUUAGCCUUGUUAGAGGUUUGGCCAAUGCAACAGAAUUGCGUGAUACCGAGGCACAUGAAGUCGGUCAUGCUGUAUUCUUUGAUUUCCUGGGACUGUAUUUCUUCCACUAUUCAGAGGCAACUGGAAUAUUUUUGAAUUUCGGAACUGCUGGAACUGCUCUAGUUCUAGUCUUCUUUUCAAUGUGGCGAAUGGCAGCUGUAUCCCAAGUUUCGAUUUGCUACGUGAUCCGUUGGUUUAUCAUGGUAAUAGUGAUACAAAUUGUUUCCUUUGUGCUUGGAUUAGCCUUUCCGAUAGUGGUCGCUAACGCCAUGGAUUACUACGGAUAUUCAAUGACUUUCUAUAGCACCCCUUUGCUGAUUAUUGGGUUGUAUGUCAGUCCCUCUCUUAUUGGCCUCAGUCUGCCAAUAACCGUAUACUAUAGUCUCCAGCGCAUUGACAAAAUUUCAAGCUCGUACCACCUCCAAUUGGCAUUGCAUAGCCAGGCUUCCAUCCUGGCUCUUCUAGCCAUUGCUUUAACACAAUUGGGUAUUCGUUCUUCAUAUAUCAUCGUAAUUCCACUUAUUUUCUACGUUAUUUCCUUGGGUCUUAGUCUAAUGACAAUUCUGCACGACCUUGGCUAUGCCUGGACAGGCAUCCUAAAAGUGAGCCAGGUUAUUCCCUUCCUGUACAGCAGCUAUCUCUUCUAUUUCUUUAUUGUGGUACUAAUACCCAUGGCCGGUCGAUCAGGUAGUGCUUCCAAUCAGGAUUUAUUUAUUGCUGUUUUAGCAGCUUUCGGAACGAUCCUCUCGUUUGGAUUCUUGAUACCACUGAUCAACACUUUUCGUCGACCAAGCCUUGUAAUUCUAGCCCUGGUAGCGACCACAGCCCUUACUAUAUGUUUGGCCAGCAACACAAGCUUAGGAUUUCCAUAUAGACCUAAAACAAAUGCACAACGUAUUGAUUACUUAGAAGUGCGAAAUAUAUUUUACGAGUACGAUGGAACUGUCAGUAGAGACGAGUCUGGUUACCUAAUCUUGUUUGACGAUCGUCGCAGAGAAAAACCUCUUUUGGGCACGAAAGUUAACUUGACUGGUUUAGUCAGUCUAAAGUCAAGCUGCGAGCAGCACAUGAUGUGUGGGAUGCCGCUUUAUGAUAACCGAUACGUGACCCAGAGGUUACAGUGUUCUUGGUUGCCACGUUCGGAACCCAUUGAGCCACCAGGACCAGCCAAACUGGAAAUGCUGAGCAAAACCAUUAUUAAUGCCACAACUGUGCACUUUGAGUUCAAGUUGACGGGUCCCAUCAGUAUGAGAUUGUUUAUUCAGGCUUAUGAAGACGUUACAAUCAGCAACUGGUCUUUUCUACGGACCUAUCUUGACAACCCACCGCCAGCACCGAUUACACAUCAGAUCUACUUCAAGUAUGCUAUAGAUAACUCGCCAUUAAAGUUCUUUGUGGCAAUUUCGAAAUCAAAUGGAAAUUUUAAUGUACCUUUAUUCCAACUGGGAGUAUCAGGACAUUACAUGUCACAUGAUGGUGACUCCGAGAGUAUGAAGUUCGCGUCAUCUUUCCCCUCUUAUUCAAGUCUUAACCAUUGGCCUGCCUUUUAUCAAAGAUUCAUAUAUUAG